CACCACACUGCACCCACGUGACAUCGCUUCCGCCAUCGACCAUCUCACCUCAUUUCAUCGAGGCUGCCGUCGCCUCCUCGAUGCGAUGCGAACAUGGAACAAAAUGGUGCUGAAAGUAGCGAUGCGCCAAGCCGCGCAGUCGCGCCCAUAUAUCAUGUACCUCCUCAGCGCAUCGUAGCCGUAGAACACCCAUGCAUCGUGCACAAUUUCGACAAAGGCUUCAAGUCGCUCGGCGGAGAGGCGCAGCUCAAGCAUGUCCUCGAGCAUCAUGUGGGCGACUCGAAACUGAGCAACAAGCAAAAUGAACUCCCAGAACCCACGGCCGGUGUUUCGCUGCGGCCAGGCGAUCCAUUCGCGAAGAAGCUGACCUCUUCCGGCAUCUCGACGAGGAAUGUGCUCGUCAAGGUCACGCUUCCAAAGAGAACUGGACGCAAGCGCAAGCGUGGCUCAAAUGCGCCUUUCACAGACUCGGGCCGGUCUACGACCGACUCCACGAGCAUCACCGCGCCUCAACUGCUCAGUAGAUUGCGCGACAACAAGGGCAAGUAUCGUAUUGAAGCCGUAGGCAUGCUUCGCGAGACACACCGGUUCCGCACGCUACCAGACUUCCAAAUGCGCAGUGCAGGCCUGCCAGUCAUGCAAGAAUUGAGAGAGCAUGUUCUGACGCCUGACUACGAUCGUCUGACCAGGUUCAGCGUAGACCUCUCGCCAUUCGCAUAUCGAGGGGAGUAUCCUGGGCCGCCCAAUUUCACCAGCUACGAUAUGCCUCACAAGUACGAGUACCACCAGGCUGCAGGUGUCAUAUUCGUGCAGGAUGACGAUGGCCAGAUCAAGUCCAGGAACAUUGCGGCACCGGUGAAGCGAGUCACUUGGGGCCUGCCGCCAGACAUUGAUGAGGUUCCUCAAGGUCCCCCACUCGAAUUGCCGAGAAAAAGUCCUGGCGGCGAGAUGCUGCCUCGCACUGUCGCAGCAUUGCAGAAGAUACUGGACGAGGAUCGUCCCUUGGUCACAAAACGCGUUGCUCUCAACUCGAUGCCACCAAUCAGUGAAAGCAUCUUCAAGGAAGCCACGCAGUAUGUGGGCUACAGCUUCAAAGCCGGACCAUGGCGUGACAGUCUCAUCAAAUACGGAGUGGACCCUCGGAAGGACCCCAAAUACCGCCACUACCAGACGCUCAUGUUCCAAGUCGAUGCGCACGCCUUCAAAGACUCUACUGCCAGCGAACGUCCGUCAUGGAAGCAAAACGAGACGAACACCACAUGGGCUAGACCCCUGCGGCAUACGAAGGACGCACCAUCGACACACGUCUUCGAUGGAAAGAACAUUACAGCGAACGGCAAGACAUGGCAGACAAUCGAUGUCGUUGAUCCUGUAGUAUACAAGCUUCUCCAGACUGAAGACCUGCCGACCGAAUGUGACGUCUACCAAUGGGGCUGGUACCACAACGGCACCAUGGCCAAAGUUCGCACAAUCAUGAAAGACAAGAUGAGAUAUCUGUUCGCGAAACAAGAACCACCACACGCAGACUAUGAAGUCAUUGCGCGGUUGCCCGACAAGCUCACCAAGGAGAAUAUUAAAGAUGCUGUAUUGAGUCCUCGAGAAUACAACAACCACUGCAUGCUCAUGGCGACAGAAGUGAGGAACAUUGUCAAAUCUGGCGAUGGCCAGUGCGCCCGAAGUGCAAAGAAUAUGUGGGAACGUAGAGCGAAAGGUCUGAGUGCAGACAACGAAGACAAGGACGAGAGUGAUGGUGACAAUGAUCCCAACGAAGACCUUCGAAAUAUCGACAUCGGUAAUAGUGGCGAAGGCGACUUCGAGGAAGACUUUCAGAUCGAUCCAGCUUUACAAGCAGAAGAUUCUCGCGGCGGGAAGCGCAAGCAAAAAACAUAGAAAGGUGAUGCAGUUCUCGGACCCUGUAUUCAUCAUCGGACCCCAACUUUUGGAGUCGUUCCUUGGCACUACAAACUACG